AUGGAGCUAGGGCUCCGAACGCGCGCGGCGACUCGCGGGGGGCGAAGCCCCGAUGCCUGGCGGCGGGCAGACGCGAUGCCCGGCAGCGCCGCUGUAAAAACCGACAUACUUAGAAUGCGAGAGCGGCGCGCGGGCUUACGAGGCUUCGCGAGGGGCGAAGCGACCGCGAUUGACACAGGCCCACGCGAGGCGAACAUGCAGCCUCCGGGCACGCGCGGCGAGGCCUCACGAUCAGGCCGAACGCGGCUCCAUUGUGUUCCAAGUGCAGAUGGAGCGACUCUCCUCGGCAGCGACAGGCUGGACAUCGAACAUCAAAUAACCACCUUAUUAGUAAUCACAAAACAAAGUUACGAACCAGUAUAA